CUGUAUUAUCCAGUAUCUGUGGACUCCCUGACCAUAGAGCUCAGCUGCUAGGGGGGUGCAGAGAGUCUCAGAUCAUAGAGAGGGGCGGAGGACAGACAGGAGGAUGCGGAAGUGAAGGUACCAGUCCGGCUAAAGAUGACAGAAUGACACUAUGGACGACGUGGGUCCCUCCCUCCUCCCUGACAGUAUCCUCUACCAGAUAUUCCUGAGCCUGGGGCCUGCCGACCUGCUUUCUGCCGGCUUGGUGUGCCGACGCUGGUACUCUGUUUCCCGCGAUGAUUUCUUGUGGAAGGAGUUAUUCUAUAGACAUUACCGAGUGCAGCGGCACAUUCAUCGCUACCCAGGCACGGACUCCUGGUAUGAGGAGUUCCAGCGUCUGCGUGACACGGCCCCGUGCGUGGAGGUGCAGCGACUCCAGGAGCACACGGACCAGGUCCUGCACAUCAGCUUCUCACACUCGGGGGACCUGUGCGCCACCUGCUCUAAGGACUGCACAGUCAAGAUCUGGAGCACCAAACACCCCCUAUCCCUCCUGCACAGCGCCAACAUGAGACCCCACCAUUGGAGCUACACUCAGUUCUCCCAGUUUAAUUCUGACGACACGCUCCUCCUGGUGUCUGGGGUCUUCGUGGGGCCUCACAACUCAACUGCGGGGGAGAUCGCAGUCUUCAGCCUAGAUGGAUUUAACCUUUUGAGUCGAGUUAGAAAUAAACCGUAUGACGUGUUUGGCUGUUGGCUUAAUAACACCCACCUCAUCUCCGGGAACCUGCACCGCAUGGGCCGGGUCACUUCUUGCUCUGUGCUGUGGUUAAAUAAGGCCUUUCAGGAUGUGGAGUCUGAGAACCUGAAUGUGGUGAAGAGACUUUUCAAGAUUCAGAACCUGAACAGUAGCACCAUCCGUAUGGUGAUGGUGGCUGAUUCACCAGAUCUGCUGAUGGAGGCUGGAGAGAAGGUGGAAGAGGCCACGCAAAAAAGCCCUCCACAGCCGGCUGAGGUGGACAGCGCCGGGGAGGACGAAGAAGAAAGGGACAUUGUCGGAAAUGAUGCGGAGAUUGCGGCUGCUCUUCAGCUCUUCAUGGACGACGGAGGCCAAGACCAGGUGGAGCCGCCCCCACCUCCGCUGACCGUUGAGCAGUUUGAGACCAAGGUGGCCCAGUUGUACGCAAAAUACAGGACAAGGCGACCACAAAGCCCUAACGCCAAGGAGGAAACCGUAAGCAGGAAGUACCUGAUCUUCACCACCGGCUGCCUCACCUACUCACCCCAUCAGAUAGGUAUUAAGCGGCUCCUUCCUCAUCAGAUGAGCACAGAAGGGUUUGUACUGGGCGAAGAGCGUGGCCCCAACGAGUUCUUCGAUGCUCUUGACCACAUCAUCAACAUUCAUGGUCACAUCAUUGGCAUGCGUCUUUCUCCUGACCACAGGUAUUUGUAUGUUAAUUGCCGGUCCUGGCCUCGCGACUGUGUGAUCUCCGACCCCAUGUGUCCUCCGCCCAUAGCUGAAGAAAUUGAACUUCGUGUCUUUGACCUGAGGACCCUUAGAGAGGUGAAGGAGCCUCUACGAGCCCACCGUGCCUACACUCCGAAUAAUGAGUGCUUCUUCAUCUUCCUAGACGUCAGCAAGGACUUUGUGGCCAGCGGCGCAGAAGAUCGAUGCGGCUACGUCUGGGACCGCCAUUACAACGUCUGCCUGGCCACGCUGCCGCACGAGGACGUGGUCAACUCUGUGGCUUUCAACCCUGUGGACCAGGAGCUACUGCUUAGCGCCAGCGAUGACUUUACCAUCAAAGUUUGGCGCUCCACUCGGGCCCUUCGCGACUCCCAGGAACUGUUGAGGACGUCUCUUCAGCUUUCAUCCCACAAGACCGGAGAUCCUGCACUAUGAACAGCCUUCUAAUGCUAAACUAUUUCCUCCGUCCUCCAUCGCAGCUAACGAGUGUCUAACAACUCAGGGGCCGGAAAAUAUUUUGGAAGUGCGACAAGUUUACGUAAAAGGUACCGGGACCCCAGAACUCCUCUUCUAUCCUUCAGUGAAUAAACCCAGGUUAUAGCACCUCCUGAGCUCA